AUGGUCCCGGUUAGAGUCGUGCUUCACGAGGGACGCUUCCACUGUACUGUUCCAAGCAAGGAAGAAGCGAACCACAGCCCACGGGGGCUUGCCGUGGACGAAAAGGGAAAGUUUUACGAUGGAGGAGGGAAAGUAGCGCGAGAAGAGGCACGCCAAACACAGUCUCCAGCGGACCUUGGACUGCAAAGCAACUCCCGUUCGCCAUCCAGUCCUCGACCCACCUGCGAGAGAUAUCAUGGCUGGAAAGCUGACAACAGCGCAAGGCACGGGAAUACUGCUGGUGACCGCCAACGUCGGAUCCCUGUUCGAGGAUCCUAAAAAUCUACAGAAAACCUGGCUGAGGGAGUUUUACCAGACAGUUCAGUUACAUAAGCCCCAUUUCCUAGCUGUGCACUGUCAAGAAGUGGGUGGGAAGAAUUAUGAGGCUUCCAUGUCACAUGUGGAUAGUUUUGUCAAAGAGCUAUUAUCCAGUGAUGCCAUGAAGGAGUACAGCAGCGCUCGUGUCUACCUCGAUGAAAACUACAAGUCCCAGGAACAUUUCACAGCUCUGGGAAGUUUCUACUUCAUUCACGAGUCUUUGAAAAACAUCCAGCAGUUUGAUUUCAAAGCAAAGAAAUUCAGGAAGGUGGUUGGGAAGGAAACCUGCUCCGAGACACUAGAAAGCACACCCUCGCUGGAGAAGGAGAAGUUUCCACAGGACUACUUUCCUGAGUGCAAGUGGUCCAGAAAGGGAUUCAUCAGAACUCGAUGGGCCCUACCUGACUGUUGUUUUGACCUGGUAAACAUCCACCUUUUCCACGAUGCUUCCAAUCUGGUGGCCUGGGAGAAGAGCCCUUCGGUCUACUCUGGAACCCGACAGAAGGCACUGCGCUACGUUUUAGACAGGAUCACGGACCAGCGGUUUGAAAAGGUGCCAUAUUUCGUCUUCGGGGAUUUUAACUUCAGGUUGGAUUCAAAACAGGUGAUUGAGACUCUCUGUUCCACCGCUACCAUGCAGACAGUAAGAACCACGGACACCAAUGAAGUCGACAAGCUAAUAUUUAGAGAAAGUGACAAUGACAGAAAGGUCGUCCUUCAGCUUGAAAAGAAGCUUUUUAGUUAUGUCAACCAAGAUGUUUUUCGGGAAAACAAUGGGACCUCGCUUUUAGAGUACGACAAAGAGCUGUCAGUGUUCAAGGAUCGACUGCAUGAAUUGGAAAUAUCUUUCCCUCCCAGUUACCCAUACAGUGAAGACAGCAGUCAGGGAAAGCAGUACAUGAACACCAGAUGCCCAGCCUGGUGUGACCGAAUCCUCAUGUCUUCAUCUGCCAAAGACCUGGUCUUAAAGCCAGAAAAUGAGGAGAAGUCUCUUGUCUAUGAUAACAUCGGGGCCAAUGUCUGCAUGGGGGACCACAAGCCUGUCUUCCUGUCCUUCCGAAUAACAGCGGGGGCAGGUAAACGUAAUGCAAAUAAGCACAAGUGUUGUGUGGUGCAGUGAUGUCGUGGAAAUUGAUGCCAAAGGAGGGGAGAAUAUAUUCGGUGAAGCGCCUCUGUGAGAACACAUGGAGAGACACGCACGCACGCACGCACACACACACACACACACACAUUUGAAGACACGCGUGCAAACACAUCCAUGCACAUCUACUUUGCACAAGCGUACACUUAAGAAGAACCUGGCCAAACUUUUCCAGCAGUGCUGAGCAGCUGUCCUCACAGCUCAUUCGAUUAAAAGCACGUCGUUUUGCCUCUCCAUAAAACACUUAUUGAAAAUGUGGACCAGCACCCGAGGGUGUGAGGGCCGGGCUCCAGACAAGACACACAUCGCUGACCUCACCGUUGCCAUGCAACCACCUCACACGCCGCCCCUCGAAGAAAGAAAAAGAAGAGGAUGGACGGAUGGGACGGGCCUAAUUCUUGCCAAAACUCUAAUCGAAAAAUCAGUCGUGCUACACAUAAUUGCCAUUUUUUUUUUGGUGGUCUGCCUUUUUGUCUACACAGUAUGUCAGGUGUUUUAAAGGAAAAAAAAAAAAAGUGCAAUGCAAAACGCAUAUCUAUAUGGAUAGGUUAAUUUGUACGUUGGACUGUUUAAAAUUAGGCAUGUUGCUGGUUUUAGUGCUCUUCUUGGUUUGGAAUAUCUUUUCAGUUUAUUUUAGCCAUUUUAUAUAAAUAUAACGUGUGAUUUGUUUUGUUUGUUUGUUUGUUUUUCCUCUCCCCAUUGCCAUACCUGACCACAUCAUUUGAGUUUUGUUUUAUAUACUGUAUUUUUUAAAGCGAUAUAAUUUAUAAUUCUUGUGUUUUGGAGAUCCUUGCAGCCAUGAUGACCUUUGAGUAACAGCGAGAAAGUGUCCAGCCAGUGAUUAAUUCCUUUCCAAGAAUGUUUUAAAGCAGUGCCAUAUAGACCAUGCAAAGUGUAUAAGAGUUUAUAUAUAGCACACUCACAUAUUGCAUUAUUGUCAUUCUUACUCUAAUUUAUUUUUACUUAAUAAUAAUAUGGUUCUGAAUGUAAUUUUAGGUAGGCGUGGGUGUUCUUUUGUCAAUUUUGUUACUGCUGUUAUGGUGCCAAGUACACACAAAUGAAGCGUGAAAAUUAUGUUUAAAGCAAAAAAAAAAAAAAAAGUAAAUGCAAGAAAAGACCAAGAAAAAGAA